AUACGCAUAUAUACAUACCCAUACCCUCUGCCAAAGAUAAGCGAUGAUAAGUUUCCCCUUCACCCCUUCAUUCCAUCUUUCUAUCAUAUCACAAGGCUGAAUCAUGAACUUGAAUGGUAACUUCAUGUACUCCGUACAAUACUAAUGCACACCACAACUCCAUGUUACAUUAUCACGACGACAUGCUGCAUGCAGUACCUGGUAGCUUGGGGGGAAAGAACUUGGGCUCGAACACGGGCUGAGGUUACAUUUCCAUUGAUGUGCAAGUUCAGACAGGUACAGACAGGAUCAUAUGAUCAAGACCAAAUGUAAGUAAGAUUUUCAUCAUUCCAUCUCAGCUACUCCCAUAAAGUCUUAACAAUCAAUCUCCAAGACUUCCCAAGAAUCUUACCUCACCUGCUAUUGAUACGAAGGCAAGAGCAAAACUGGUCGAUCGCGGUUGUGCCGUGUGUUUGUCAAUAACUCGUCCGUCUCCCGCCACAACAACCAGCCACAGAACUACAUGAGACCUAUAAGUCGCGGGAUAACCCCAUGGCACGGAUACAAGUCCCUCUCGAUUCAGAAUGGCUUGUAUGUAUACAUCCAAAAAGGGAUGAAUCUCACGUCUCAAAGGUGGAUGCAAGUUAGCUGUGCUCACGCAGGAAAACGGAGCAAAAGUUUGCAAAAUUUGCCAAAUUCU